GCAAGUUCUGCGGGAGGACUGCAGAGCAGGUGUGUGCGUAAAUUGCAAAUGUACGUGAUGCAGUCGGCUGGGAAGCUCUGACGCGCGAGGCCUGACCCCUGACUCAACAGUAUUUAAAUGUAAAACACGGUUGUUCAUUAUUUACUUGAUUUUGCCGCGACUUGCAGCUGAAGCGCCGUGUCACCGACCCGAGCGGCUUACUCUGCGUUUGUUUUUCUUGCAAUCGGCCCCUGCGCGCCCUUCUAUAUACUCUGCCCGCUCCUAUAUCACUCGUCUAUAUCGAUGCAACCCUGCCUCCGAUUCCUGCUCAAAAUAGAACAGCAACACAAAGAACACAAUGCCCCGCGUUUCUGCCGGCGAGUCGUCGGAAGCCCGCACGCUCGAGGCUGCUCCCACCGGUGCUCUAGCAAUCUCUAUACCACCUGAAUCCGUUGUCUCAAACCAAUCGUCGUCGACGACGCUGGGCGGCCCGAGCGUGACGAAUGGCUCAAUCGCGCCGGUGCCCUGGAAGCCCUACAGGGAGGCCUUCCACACAGUUGCCCACACCGAAUACCCCGGCGCGGGGACGGAAGAGGACCCCUUCAUAGUUGACUGGAUGGAUGAGGACGCUGAGAACCCUAUGAACUGGCCGUCGCUGUACCGAUGGCUCAUGACGUUGCUGGUCUCCGUCGCCACGCUGUCUGUCGGCUUCUGCUCCACAGCCUACGCCGGGUCGGCAGGCUUCAUCACGGAGGACUUCGGCGUCUCCUCCGAGAUUGUUACUCUGGGCAUCUCCCUGUUUGUGCUGGGCUUUGCGCUGGGGCCGCUCAUCUGGGCGCCGCUGUCCGAGGUGCUGGGCCGUCGGCCGCUGCUGAUCUGGACCUUCGCCGCCGUCACCGCCUUCAACGCGGCGGGCGCGGUGGCGCCGACCAUGACGGCGCUGGCCAUCCUGCGCUUCUUCGCUGGCGCCAUCGGCUCUUCGCCUCUGACCAACGCGGGCGGCAUCAUCGCGGACAUGUUCCAGGCGGAGCAACGCGGCCUGGCCAUGUCACUGUUCGCGGCGGCGCCCUUCAUGGGGCCCGUCAUCGGCCCCAUCGUGGGUGGCUUUGCGGGCGAGGCUCUGGGCUGGCGCUGGGUGUUUUGGCUCAUGACCAUGUUCACAGGCGCCCUCACCGUGGUCGCACUGGCGCUGAUGCCGGAGACCUACGCGCCCGUGCUGCUGCGCCGCCGCGUCGCCGCCGUCGCCAAGGCCGCGGCGGCGCCAGCCGCCGCCGCCGCCGCCACCGCCGCCGCCACCGCGCCUUCCUCCCCACCAUCGCCACCACCACCCGCAGCGGUCUACCGCUCCAAGUUUGACGCCAAGGGUGUUCAGCCGCUGCCGGUGCUGCUGGCGACCAGCCUGACGCGGCCGUGGCUGCUGCUGUUCCGCGAGCCCAUCGUGAUGCUGCUGAGCCUGUACACCGCCAUUGUGUACGGCGUGUUGUACAUGCUGUUCGCGGCCUUCCCCAUUGUGUACCAGCGUGGGUACGGCUGGAGCCCGGGCGUUGGAGGCCUGUCAUUCAUUGGUGUGGCAGUGGGCAUGGUUGCGGCCAUCAUAUACACCGUGUUCGACAACAGGCGCUACGUGCGCAUCAGCCGCGAGCACCGCGGCAUGGCGCCGCCCGAGUCGCGCCUGCCGCCCUCCAUCAUCGGCUCGUUCGCCAUCCCCGUGGGGCUGUUCGUGUUCGCCUUCACCAACGACCCAUCCAUCCACUGGGUCGUCAGCAUCAUCGCCACCGUGCCCUUUGGCUUCGGCAUGGUGCUCACCUUCCUCAGCAUCAUGAACUACCUGGUAGACAGCUAUCUGCUGUACGCCGCCUCCGUGCUGGCGGCCUCGGCCGUGCUGCGCUCGCUGUUCGGCGCCGCCUUCCCCCUCUUCACCGGCAAGAUGUACGCGGGCUUGGGCAUCCACUGGGCCUCCGCCGUGCCCGCCUUCCUGGCCCUCGCCUGCGUGCCCUUCCCCAUCCUCUUCUACAAGUACGGCGCCCGCAUCCGGCAGCGGUGCAAAUACUCGGCAGAGGCUAUUGCAUUCCUGGAGGCACGCGUGGCGGCGGCGGCGGCUGCCGCCGCCGCCAAGGCCAAGACGACGGGUUUGGGUUCGGGCACGAGCGCGGGCACGGGUUCAGGGUCUUCAGCGCUGAGCUCUCGGUCGGGGUCGGGGAGAGAGGGUGGGCAACAGGGGCCGGCGGGCGCGGCGUCUGUAGCGCCUGUCCAGACGGCGUGAGGCGUCUAGGAUGAAGGGGGAGCAAAUGCCCUGGGGCGGGGGUGGGGGAGCACGGAUCGCACAAGCACAUCGAAUGGAGAUGCGAAAGGAUAAAGAUAUGGAGCGGGGAGGGCGCGUAUUGCCAGUGAUCAAGGCGUAGAGCGAGCGUGCAUACGGUAUGCAUGGCAGCGACUGCUGCUGGCCAUCGGGCAGGCUUAUGGAGGCGCAAGAUCGAGGAAGGGCCCUUAUUACCUAUGAUUGGUCUUAUUUUAUCGUACAUUGAUGUUACAGUAAAUACCGGAACUUUGGUUUGCGCGAUUCGGGAAGGGGUGGCGGGGCGGGUAUGCGCUCGGUGCCUGUGGCCUUCAGAGGGUGUUUCGAGUAUUAAGUAGUUCGUGUGAGUACGUGUGUUGGUGUGCACGGCACGUGGCCAGUGUUUGUUUCAGAUAUUGCUUCUCAGGCAUCGGCACACGUGUGCCACAUUCUUGGGAGAGGGAGCAAGUGUUUUGGACGCGGACGCACGCAUGUCAAGACUCUUUGGACGCGCACGAGGAUGAUGUACAACAAAUGAUGACGGACACCGAAGACUUGUGUGGGCGACCGAAGACUUGUGUGGGCGGGGCUUCUGUGACGGCUUUCAAUUGUGGAGGAAUGGGCGGUGGAUUAUAAGUAGCAAGGCAAAGCGCAAUUAUGCAAAGACUUUGAGAAUGUGCGGUACAUCGUGUGUGUGUGUGUGUGUGUGUGUGUGUGUGUGUGUGUGUGUGUGUGUGUGUGUGUGUGUGUGUGUGUGUGUUAAACAAGGGGUGUCAGCUUUGUACAGCUGGAAAAUGGGCUGAGCCCCCGUACGCUUGGGAGCUAAUAGGGUGUAACGCCCCGUCAGA